AUGCUGGCGAAUUUCAUUCGACAAACAUACCCGGCGGUUUUGAAUGAGGUGUUCACUCAAUUCGUCUUUGUGACAACAGAAUCUCGAGCGCCAGCUGAGAUCAUGAACCAUCUCGUGCUUGCCCAUCAUGUGCUUUUCAUAUUCAUUUCGACUGGGGGAAACGUUGCUCAAGAAAUGUCACAAGCACUAUACGUGCAUGCUAUGAUGACUGCACAACAAUAUGGUUUCCUCGGACCAAGAACCGACGAGAGCUAUGAGCAUUUUUUGCCCUCACAUCUAGAAACCACCGUGCGAUGGAAGGCGUGGAGCAGAGUGGAGUCAACAAAAAGUUUAAUCAUAGGUCUUGUUUUGCAUGACUCCUGGCUGUCCGAUCUAUUUACCAUGAACCCUGUGAUACGAACGGAUGCCAUCAGACUCUGGCUUCCUGAAGAUUAUACCUUGUAUCUGGCACCGACAAGCAGUAAAUGGGUCGAGCUCCUAAGCGUCACAUCCCAUGCCACCCAGAUCCUUGACUUAUCAGCCCAUGACUUCAAAUUUUCCCAGUCUACAGGGCAAAACAUGCCUUUUCCUUAAAUGAUCCGGCUUUACGAUGAUACUUUCAAAAACUCCAACCCAAACUGUAUCGUGAUUUGGCAUAGUGUCUGUAUCUCAAUGACUGCGGAUAUCGACAUUCUUUCGCGUGCGGCUGGUCGUGAUGGCGCCGAGUCCAUGGUAGAAGCCCGCAAAGCUCUUGCUUACUGGGAUCCUGUCCCAUCGCAAGCCAGCCGAUGGUACUGCGUUCCAACCGGUUCGAACGCUGUCACGGCUGCCCUGGUUCUUGGGGUGUAUAUCUUGACUAGCACAAGAUCUUCACAUUCAGAUACCUUCAAUGAUGAAAAGCCCUUCGAUCUAGCCAAUACUAGUAUGGACUGGAAGGUGGUUGGCGACGAAGGAUUUUCAACUUCAGAGUCGUCAAUCCGAGACAACACGGAAGGAGUGGAGAGCGACGCAGUAAGAUGUAUCCGUUUUGGUGGGCCAAUUGUAAUUGAUCGGAAGAUCUAUGAUUCAGGUGCGCGCCAUGCCCAGCGGAUUAUUCUUGAGUUCGCCAGCCUUCUAGAUGAAGUGGGAACGCACUGGAUGGCCGAUUAUGCAAGACUGUUGUAUAUGACUCAUGACACGAUGGCGGAAUAG